AUGGCCCUGGGUGAAGAAAAGGCAGAGGUGGAAGCAUCUGAGGACACGAAGGCCCAGUCCCAUGGGAGAUGGCGCUGCAGGGAGCGAGAGGUGGACACCCCAGGGCCCGUGAGCCAGGAGCAUCCUCUGUGCCUGGACACUGAGGGAGGGCCCGUCUCCCCUGUGUGGGGAGCAGAGGGACUACCUGCUCCUGCCUGCUGGGCUGCAGCUGACCCUGGCGGCCCCUCUGGAGCCUGCCAGGCACAAGGCAAUGACACCAGCAGAGAGCCAGCAGCUGAUGGGUCUAGGCCUGCACUCAGUCGCCUGCUUCCUCCUGCCAGCCUGGGGACUGGAGGCCUCUUACACUCUGGGGGAUGUCAGAUGGAGAAGGCCGGGCGCUCUGCCUCUGAGGAGCUGCCUCAGACUCUCCGCCUGCCCAGGACUACAGCUCUGUGCUCAGGACACGAUGCUGACACCGAAGAUGAUCCCUCCCCAGUCGCUUUGCCCCGGGCGCUGGACCCCAGCCAACAGCCUCCCAGCUCAGGUUUCCCUUUCCCAUCGCAGUGGAAGUUUGUGGCGCACCCAGAUGCUGCUGCUCCUCAGCCUUCCAGCUGCAGCGUCUCGGCCUCCUCCGUGGGCAGCAGUCUCCAGGGUCACCAAGAGAAGGAGGAGCCUCAAAGUUGCUCCCUUGCCAAGGCCGCCUCCUCCCUGGAGCUGGCCGUUCCCCAGGAACUGCCCCCCAUGGUGGGGCUAGGGCUUCAGCCCCAGUGGUCACCACAGCCCGUGUCCUCUGGGGGUGGUGCUGCUGGGCCAGGCAGGAGGCGCCUCUCCUUCCAGGCCGAGUACUGGGCCUGCGUGCUGCCGGAUGCCCUGCCUCCUUCGCCCGACCGCCACUCCCCUCUCUGGAACCCAAAUAAAGAGUACGAAGACCUGCUUGACUAUACCUACCCACUGAGGCCCGGGCCUCAGCUCCCAAAGCACCUGGAGAGCCACAUACUGGCUGACCCUGUCCUGCAGGACUCAGGUGUGGACCUGGAUAGCUUCUCUGUCUCCCCAGCAAGCACCCUCAAAUCACCUACUAAUGUCUCGCCUGGCUGCCCACCAGCUGAGGCCACUGCCUUGCCAUUUUCUGGCCCCAAAAAACCAGGCAUUAAGCAGUGUGCUUCUGAACUACCCCAGAAGCAGGGCAGCAUGGGCUUGGCAUCCUGGAGCCAGCUUGCAUCUACCCCCAAGACCCCAGGCAGUAGGGACACUCCUUGGGAGAGCAGAGAGUCAGCCCUGAGGCGUACAAGAGACUGGCUGCCUGUGGGCAAGCAUCUCGAGACAGCCUCUCCCCAGCUGAGGACACAGGACAGAGGGUGGCCCUCUGCUAGGCCAGAGACGGAGAAGAGGGCCAGCCAGAGUGUCCGGCGCCCUGCCUCCUUGGAGUCCAGGUGGAAAUCAGAAGAGAUGGACAGUGAUGAUGAGUAUCUGGCCCUGCCUACCCGGCUGACACAGGUUUCUAGUUUGGUUUCGUACCUAGGUUCCAUUCCCACCUUAGUUGCCCUGCCCACAGGGGCUACCACAGGGCAGAGCUCCCUGAACGUGUCAGACAGUGACGGACCUGCUUCCCUUCCAUCAGACGGCAGCCAAAGCCAGCUGCCCUCAGGAGCUGCCCUCCGAGGGGCUGGGGGUGCUGAGGUCCAGAACCACUGUUGCCUGCACUCCUUCGUCCGUGCCCAGGACUCUGCAGGGGAAGGCAGUCUGGUGAGCAGCCAGGCCCUUGGGGCCUCCUCCGGACUGCUGAAAACACAUACCUCCUUGCCAGCUAUGUUGGACCGGUGGCCAUUCUCACACCUGGAUGCUGAAGGGCAGCUUACUAGGAAGGAAGGAGAGCAGGGAAAAGAAUCCCUAGUGCAGUGCGUGAAGACAUUUUGCUGUCAGCUGGAGGAGCUGAUCCGCUGGCUGUAUAAUGUUGCAGAUGUUACAGACCACAGCUCUCCACCCAGGUCCAGUCUUACAGCUCUCAAGUCUUCGCUGCAGCUUUACCGGCAAUUUAAGAAAGAUAUUGAUGAACAUCAGUCUCUGACGGAGAGUGUCUUACAGAAGGGGGAGCUGCUUCUUCAGUGCCUGUUGGAUAACACCCCAGUUUUAAAGGACGUCCUUGGGAGGAUUGCGAAGCAGUCUGGUGAGCUGGAGAGCCAUGCAGAUCGCCUUUACGACUCUAUCUUGACUUCUCUGGACGUGCUGGCUGGUUGCACCCUCAUCCCUGACAAAAAGCCCAUGGCAGCAAAGGAGCGCUCAUGUGAAGGGGUUUAACCUGGCAUCUUCUCAGGCAGAAAUGCAGUCCGUCAGCCAGAGGCUAGCUGGUGAGAAAAAACUUCACAGAAGGCCUUGCAAGAGCCAGUCAACACUGAAGUCAAGGGGGAAACUUAACUCGAAUAUACUAGCUUUAAAAUGCCUUUCUCUUCCCUGAAGUGAGGGCUAUUGAGUUACUAUUUUUAUUUACAACGAAUCCUUCCAAAGUAAGGUUUUCCUUUUGGUGCUUCUCUACAAAGAGCAUGUGGCUUUACAAGGUUUUUGAUAAAAUAAGACAUACCUUUCCUCCUCCUCCAUCAGCUAAAAAAGAGCAGACAAAGCUCCUAGACGAUUCCUUGAGGUUGUUUACCAAGCGCUGGUAUGAGAAAGAAGGUUCCAAAUACUUGAUAUUCUCGGGCAUACAAGAGGACCCAAGAGACUGAGAAAAUGAAUGGUUGGCCAAAAACCUUGGGUCUUUUCAUAAAAUGAAAUUUGUAAAUCUCUCUAGAAGAGACUUUAACUCUUUGCAGAAGAAAAGGGUUAAAUGAAUAGCACCUCUAGAGUUUACUUUGGGCAAUUAUGACACCUUUGGACAUCUUAAGGGUCAAGGCUCUCCUCUCCUGCCUAAUAUCUUAGAAUGUGUCAGGGACUUGGGGAACUGCCAUCAUGCUUCAGCAUGGCUACAGAGCUACCAAUCAAGCAUUAGCACCUAUGGGAGGACUCAUCCUCUCGUUCCUACUCGGAAGAGUCAUCCAGGGACAGGGAAGGGAAUGGACAGGAUCACACAGCCUUGGUUCAGUACAGAAACUAAAGCUCUCACUAAUGAAGGAAAAAAGGGAAUUCUUUGUUGCUUGGGAGUUGACAUAUACCUUAAUAGAAAGAAAGAUAUACAUAUAUAUGGAUCAACAAUUUAAAGCACCAGUUAACUGCUGGUAACUGCUGAUUAUACAGAAAGGCACUUUUAAACAAAGUCCUGUUUGGGCCAUGAAUGAACCUGGAAGGAGGCAAGCACUAUCAUAACAAUGGUAACUAAUGUCCUAUUAAUGUGACUUUUUUGCUUCAGAGUUUCUCAGACUAAGUGUCACUGGUAAAUAGCUGUUAAAUUCUAAUAUUUAAACAUUAGCUAAUCACUAGCAGCUACAUAUAAAGUGCAGUAUUUCAAAUAUCUGCUAUCUCCAAUGGUAUGAUCUGCCAUAAUGCUUGAGGGCACAAUCAAAAUUAAAAUGUCUUGAGUCUGCCGGAGUCUGCCAUCUCCAUGUUAGUCUUAGUUCCAUGUUAUGAUGAGAUUUUUAAAAGACGAAAACAACUAUGCUAGCAAGUAAAUAACAAUUAUAAAUAUGUAUGUCAAACACCCUUAAAAAGCUAGAAUUGGUUCAAAAGGCAGGUAUGUCUAAGGGCCUCUGUUCUUAAAUUGAUAAUAGUUCAGUUUCUCUUUGAAGUGGCUAUAAAUAAGAGCAUGCUUUUCCACUGAGUAUGUUACAGAAUAGCCCUUGAAGAAUUAAACCUACUUGUUUACCAGUGUGUGACAGGCAUCAAAGUAAGUUUUAGUUAGCAUAAAAACUGAAGAUGACAACCCUAUGGAAACAAACUGGUCAACAUACCAAUUAAAUCCAGAAUGUGGCAGUCUAUUACGAUUACACCCUAACAAUUAGCUUUCGCUGACAGGAACUUUCACAGAAUAUUUUAUUGUGCAAUACCGUUUCUCAAGGGUGGGAUGAGAUACCUAAUGUUUUGUUCAUCCACUUUGAAAUGAGGUGUGACAGAAGGGUGCUAGAUCUCUGAACUUGAAGAGUAUCAGCACAACUUAAUUUUCUCUUCAGCCAUGCUUUAAUAAGUUUAGGACAGACCUUCCUUAACAAUCAAACUAAAAUUGUUUCAGCCUUUUAAGAAAGCUGCCAGCUGUAUUUACAUGAGCAAACAGGGCCAGGUUAGACUCACAUAGCCUCGCUGGCUGGUGCCACUCAGAUAAAAUUUCUUAGCAGUCCCUUGAAAUUAAUGGAAUGGGAGUUUCAGAAUCUGGGCUCUUGGGAACACAAAGCGGAUCUCAUGUAAGAUACGCUGGAAUGGUAACAUGAAAGGGAAAUGUCAAUCCAAGGUCAAAGAACAGGAACCAAAAUGGCUACCAUGCUGUUAGGAUUUCCCACAGCCUGUAACUACUUAGGGUUUAGAACACUCUUCACUAUGUAAUUUAUGGCAGCCACUUACAUCUCAAGCAAGUGAUAAUUCCCUUUAUUAAAUGAAGAGAGUAUUGAAACCCAUAGCCUUGAAAUGUUUGCACUUGAAGAUGGGGAUAGAAAUGGGAAUAUAUUUUUUCAAAACUGCAUUUAUUAGCAUAUACAUAAAAGCAAAUAUAGUGAAGCAUGCUGAAAUAUGUUGUGGUAAGUCCCCGUCUUGACUGCCAUGGGGGAAAGAAUGCUAGAAUUUUCCAAACUAAGUCUGUAAAUAAAUAUGCUCACAUCUUAAAUUCAUGUAGUUUUCUGCUAGAAGAAAUAAGCUGACAGUUGGAACAACUUUUGCUGUAGAAAAUUUAAGUGCACGGUAUCACAUAGUCUAACAUUUGUAUCAUUUAACUACUUUAGAAAAUAGUUCCUGAAUUCUUUUCCCCUUUAUACUGUAUGAUUAAGGCAAAAAACAAAAACAAAAACCUUUGGAAGCAUUAAAAAAAAUCUUCGCCCAAGUAACUACUGGUAACUUCAGGAAUUUGUCCGUUUUGCCUUAUGUGAGGAUGAAUAGAUCCAACAAGCACGCCUAUAAUACAAAGUAAACUAUGAUUUUAUUGUGAAAUUCUCAUAGAUGGAAAAUUAAAUUGAAUAUUUAUUCUGUUUAUUUCAUUUUACAAUAAUCUUACCACUUAUUUUUGUACCAUGUAUUUCAGUUGCCUGUUCAGUGAAAAAUAAAAUAAAAAAUAAAAAAAAUAUUAAUUUUUGGCUUGUUUUUAGCUUAAAUUUUAUCAUUAAAGUAAGGACCCCACAAUAAAGUGUGUUUGCCAGCAGCCACAUCCCAAGCCCCUAUGUGAAGAAUGCGUUGGCUGCUGGUUUAACCUAAGGAAAGUCUUUUAUUCUCUUACCACCUUAAAAUGCCAAUGUUAGUAGAAGACUUUUGUUCCCACAAUAAAAACCCUAGGAUCUUCACAGUCCUAUUUAACAAAAUCUUCAUACAUGCAAAAUUUCACUGAAAUAAAUACAUUUCCCUCAUUUAUCAUUCCCACCCAGCAUUCAUCUUUUCUGUUAAAUUUUAGGGGUAUAAUUUCUAAAGUUAGGGCAAUCAAAUUUCCUGCUUUCUACCUCUAUGCUUAAACUGUCCUCCAACAUAAGUUACACAGUUGUGGAGGAUGUAAUAGUUGAAUCUGACUGAGAGCAUGAAAGAAACAUUAGCACGCAUGUUAGUCUGAUCAUUUGCCAGCUGGGAAAGGUAUGCUGCUUUCCACCUCUACACAAAUAAACAAAAUGUUGAUUAAUGAAGCCAUUUCAGAUCAGAGAUAAUGGACUAGAUAGCAUACAUUCUAAACUUGUUUCCCAUACAGUUUGAGCUCCCUGAACCACUAAAGCUGGUUAAAUCCCUACACAGCACAGAAGCUUCCUAGGUCAUUUAUUGGGUAUAUUAUCUAGAAAGCAAAUAAUGGAUGCUGCUCUAACAUAGGCAAGUCAAGAAUACCUCAGUUGCACACACAAAUGGCUGUUCGGAAUAUAAUGCAAGGCUCUAGUUCCCUUUAACCAUAAGAAUUAAAACGAUACUUAUCACCAUACAGUUUGAUAUUACUUCCAAUAAGUACAAUAUUUAUUAAACAUAUCUUCAGUUGUUUUGUUACAUAGUGUGCAACAAAUUACAAUAUUCUGCAGCCACAAAUUAUAUGCAGAGUAUGAAGAAACUAUUAAUCAGAUAGUGUAAUCUUUCCAUUUGUAACUCUACAAGGAAGAACUAGCAAAUCAGAUCUUACAUAUAACAUCUCACUAAACUUUAUGCAUGGAAAGUGACAGACACUGGUUGUGCUGUUUGAUACAAAAUGGCUGAACUUCAUCUUCAGAAGACUAAACCCGACAUCUAAACAUGCCAAUAUAAA